GGCAGAUAGAUGAGAAAGAGAGGUGGAAGCAAGGAUGGAUAAUUUUCUCCUCCUUUUUCAGCAUUUCUAAAGGACGACUGGAAAGGAGCUGGACUUCCAUCAGUUACCAUGGAUACCAUCCUCCGAUGCAUGAAUAUUAAAACAUCAUGUGAACUAAUAUCUGACCUUUAACCUUGAGCUUUAGAGAAGACAUGGAAAAGGCACUGCUACCUCCAUUACCCAAGCCUUUUUAAUAUCUUCCGCAUUGCGAUUGACUCCAAGACAUGAUGGAAUUCUUCUUCCAACGUCAUUUCCGCCGUCGCCAAAAAAGACAGAAGCAUGCGGCCGCAGCGCGUCAGCCUGGUCCUGCUCUUCAGACCAGCAAAGCCAGGAGGCGCUCCAGUGCUGGUCUGCCCUCUGUGGCUUUAGUUCAGUCCAGACGCUCCUCUGUCGGUUUGCCUCCCGUUUCCACCGACCAGCGCAGGCGCCCCAGUGUCGGCUUACUGGUGGCCAGUGGACAGAGGCGACAGUCUGUCAUAGAGGUAACAAAAACAAGCGAAGCGUCAGGAGAGUCUGGACGAGGAAGUGAGAAAGCAGACGUAGUCAUCAAGAGAGGAAGGAGAGGAUUUCAGUAUAAACCUCACCACAAUCGCAAUGCCCCUGGCAAAGUCCAUCGAGGGAUGGCGAUGCGACAUCGAUGUCCCUCUAAAGUCAAAUCUAUCGAACCUCAUUUACUGGGAUCCUCCAUGUUACUUGCGAGUUUAGUCCAGAUGGGCAGAGGAGUGAAAGAAAAGGAAGACGAACUGGACGUCUCCAAGUGUUCCUGCUCUGAGUCAGAUGGAGAGGAAGAGACUGAUGAAGAAGACAUGAACUCCAGGUCCACAGCUCAGAUGCACUUAACUCAGGCAGUCCUUAUAGAAAACAUUACACCCCGUCCAUUGCUCCGCCCUCCUCGCUGUCUUAGACGAAACUCCUCCCAUCUCCUCCCGGUGGACUCUUUGUUUCGCAGCAGUGGAACAGGAUAUGGAGUUUACGGUCGAUACAGUCGACGGGGGUCCAGUCAACUUUACCGGGCUUUAAAUAAACAGAUCCAGACCUCCACAACCAGCCCGAGUCUGGGUCAGUCCGCAGGUCUGAGCUCCGAGCCCGGAGCUGCAGAGACAGAUAGAGCGUCCUCUGGAGCUUCACUCCAUAAAAGCUCCUCUUCACCCCUGGGGGGAGCAAAGGGAACCAUAUACUAUGACCCUUAUCUGGAAACAUGGGAGAACUUCCUGUCGAAAGCGAUAGCAAAGUCUGGCCUGCACCAUCUGCCCUGUCAGCCCAGCACAUCGUCCCUGGGCAGGACCGACCCAGAAGCAAGUAUCCGCAGCACUGUGGACUGGACUGAGACAGCUGUGUAUGGAGAUCAUAUCUGGUUUGAGACAAAUGUGUCUGGAGACUACUGUUAUGUGGGCGAACAGCACUGUAUAGCCAGAGCACUGCAAAAGUCUGUCAGUCGCAGAAAGUGCGCCGCCUGUAAGAUCGUCGCCCACACCAUCUGUAUAGAACAACUGGAGAAGAUUAAUUUCAGGUGUAAACCAUCUUUCAGAGAAUCAGGCUCUAGGAACAUCCGAGAGCCCAUUGUGGUGCGUCAUCACUGGGUGCAUCGGAGACGACAAGAAGGCAAAUGUAAACAAUGUGGGAAGGGCUUCCAGCAGAAGUUUACUUUCCACAGUAAAGAGAUUGUGGCCAUUAGCUGCUCCUGGUGCAAACAGGCUUAUCACAACAAGGUGUCCUGCUUCAUGCUGCAGCAGAUUGAGGAGGCUUGUCCAAUAGGAGCUCACGCUGCCCUCAUAGUUCCGCCCACAUGGAUCAUUCGAGUCCGCCGCCAUCAGUCAUCUAUGAAGUCAAGUAAGAAGAAGAAGAGAACAUCGUUCAAGAGGAAAAGCAGCAAGAAAGGAGCAGAGGAAGGACGACAAUGGAAGCCAUUUUUAAUCAGACCCAUCCCUUCACCGCUGAUGAAACCACUGCUGGUGUUUGUCAACCCCAAGAGUGGAGGAAACCAGGGUACGAAGAUCCUGCAGUCCUUCAUGUGGUUACUGAACCCCAGACAGGUGUUUGACCUGAGCCAAGGAGGACCAAAGGAAGGCCUGGAGCUGUAUCGCAAAGUCCAUAACCUGAGGAUCCUGGCCUGUGGAGGAGACGGCACGGUGGGCUGGAUCCUGUCUUGUCUCGAUGAACUGGCCUUAAAUCCUCAACCUCCUGUUGCCGUGUUACCACUUGGGACAGGAAAUGACCUCGCCAGGACCCUCAACUGGGGAGGGGGCUACACAGAUGAACCUCUUUCUAAGAUCCUUUCUCACGUGGAGGAUGGGACUGUCGUCCAGCUAGACAGAUGGAAUCUACAGGUUGAACCAAACCACGCUGCAGGGGCUGAAGUGGACGAACAGCAAACUGAUAAGCUUCCUCUAGACGUUUUCAACAAUUACUUCAGUCUUGGAUUUGAUGCCCAUGUGACUUUAGAGUUCCACGAGUCAAGAGAGGCCAAUCCCGAGAAGUUUAACAGUCGUUUUAGGAAUAAGAUGUUCUAUGCUGGGACAGCGUUCUCAGAUUUCCUGAUGGGAAGCUCCAAAGACCUGUCCAAACACAUCAAAGUGGUGUGUGACGGGACAGAUUUAACGUCAAAGGUUCAGGACUUGAAGCUGCAGUGUUUGGUCUUUCUCAACAUCCCCAGAUACUGUGCAGGUACUACACCGUGGGGAAACCCCAGUGAACACCACGACUUUGAACCCCAGCGCCAUGACGACGGAUACAUCGAGGUCAUCGGAUUCACUAUGACCUCACUAGCCACUUUGCAGGUUGGAGGUCACGGCGAGAGGUUGAACCAGUGCAGAGAAGUGACCCUCACCACUACAAAGCCUCUGCCAGUACAGGUGGAUGGUGAACCUUGCAGACUCGCUCCCUCUGUGAUCCACAUCAGCCUCAGAAACCAGGCCAACAUGGUUCAGAAGACCAAGCGGCGGACGUCACUGCCGCACCUCAACGAUCAGCAGCCGGUCCCAGAGAGGCUGAGGAUCAGAGUCAGUAAGAUCAGCAUGACCGACUACGAGGCUCUGCACUAUGACAAGGACAAACUACGGCAAGCAUCCAUUCCUCUGGGACUGAUCGUGGUUUCCGGUGACAGCGACUUAGAAACCUGCAGAGAACACAUCCAGCGUUUGCAGGAGGAGGAUGCAGCCAAGCCGAAGAAUCUUUCCUCACAAAGAUUAUCUCCAAAGUGGUGUUUCCUUGACUCUACAACGGCAGAUCGUUUCUACAGGAUAGACAGAGCACAGGAACAUCUCAACUACGUAUCAGAAAUCUCCCAGGAAGAGAUCUUCAUCCUGGAUCCUGAGCUGGUUUUGAUGUCGACGGUAGCCACGUCCCCUGCAGCCAUGCCGGACCUGGUUAACCCCGCCUCCAGCCUGGUCAACAGCAGGGACAGUCCCUCUAGUCAGACCUCCAACCCAGUGUUUGUCUACCCUGUCACUCCUUCCUCUCCUCCACCUUCAUCCCCUGUUUCCAGUUCUUCUCAGAGGCAUCGAGUGAACAGUGACAGCUCUGCCGGUGAUGCUUUGAUGCACAACCCAACCCCUGUGACCAGCAAACUCACCAGGGCGGGAUGCAUCCAUCGCUCCAACACCACAGGCUCUGAUUUUAAACCACGACUGAGGCAGGAAAAGAGCCAAAAGACAAGUGAAGCGGAGAAGGAGCGAGAAAAAGAGAUGUUGUUUGAGUGUGUGAAGAACAAGGACGUGAAGAAGCUGCAGGAGCUGCACCUGAAGGGGGCGGACCUCACAGUGCUGGACUCAUCCGGCUGCAGUCUGCUGCACCAUGCUGUCGGCACAGGAAGUAAAGACACGGUCCGCUACAUCCUGGACAACGCUCCAAGUGACCUGCUUGAUGUCACAGAAAAAAUACACGGAGAGACAGUUCUGCAUCGAGCUGCAUCCCUGUGUCACAGGACCAUCUGUCAUUAUCUGGUAGAAGCCGGAGCCUCGCUGAUGAAAACAGACCUGCAGGGUGAUACUCCAAAGAACAGGGCAGAGAAAGCCAAUGACUCUGAACUGGCAGCCUAUCUGGAGAACAGGCAGCAUUACCAGAUGAUACAGAGAGAGGACCAGGAAACGGCCGUCUGAGCAGGACGUGGAUGAUGACCCUGCUGUCUUUUUCCUCAUCCUCAUGAGUCUGACGGCAGCUCAUUGAGGCCUGUAUGAAGGGAGGACUGGUACAUGCAUUCCAGCUUGUGCUUUCAAGGAAUGACACGUGUCAGCAGACUGAGGGGAGCUGUGCCAAAUCUGAUCGCAACAUGCAUUGAUUAAGGCAUGAGGAAGAACGGAAAUAUGAUGAGAUGUACAAGAAGCCAUUCCAUUUUAUUUUGAGUUGCCCAGUCAUAAGACGUUUUAGUGAAGUCAAACAAUGGAAAGAGUGUUGGAAUGUGCGCAGGUAUUUUGUCUCUGGCCUUGAAGAGUGAUUUUGGGGAGUCAAUUUGGAACGGACUUGUUCUUCAAAACUCCUUCAUAUCAAACAAAUUCAAAGGACUCAAACUAAAAUCAUCUGCCAUAAAUUAGCGAUAAACCAAUGUUUAUUUCUAUGUUGUUGUUUUUUAUCAGAGUCUAUAGAUUUGAUUAUAUCAUGGGUGAAAAAGAAAUCAGGAAAUGUAGUUUCUUACAUUGACCCAUGGAGCAAAAAUCUACAUUAUCUAAUUGUUAGGAUGUUAGGUUAGGCUUGGGUGGUAUGGAUGUUUUUUUAUACCUGAAAUUUGACCACAGUAAACGGUAUAUAUGAUGGUAUAAGUGUGCAUAUUCUCACACCUAUUUUUCUUAUCUAACAGAAAAAUACACCAUCUGAAUUUAAGUUCCACCAGUAGCUCUGAUGGUGUGUGCUGUGCACUACUUACAAUAUUUAUGACUCUAUCGAAAAAGAACCCUUCAUGAUUUCUAUAUAUCCUGAUAAACUCUGAUACCACCCAAGCCUAUGAUAAGUUUUUGUUUGGUGAGAUUAUAAAAAAUAUUUUGUGCUUGUUGUGACGACAUUUUGGCGUUGGAUGAAUAUAAACAAGCAAAUUUUGACAUAGCGGUUAAAGAAAGUAAUAGAAAGGUGAGAUUCAUCCUGGACGAUGAAUAUCCACAGCUAAUUUCAUCCAAUCAGACCCUUUGUUUUUUGGAAUAUGGGUAUCAGAUCGCUUUGCAAUCUAGUAGUUUUCAAGAGAUCUUGUUUGGACCAAAGAGCUGGACUGAAUGACCAAUCACGCAACUGGCAGGUACCAUCCUAGUAAUAUCCCUGUUUGCUUUUUGGAAAGUGAUUAUUUUGCUGAAUAUAAACGCCAUCAUCAGUUAUGUUGUUAACGUGCUUUGGUUGGUCGUACCUCACCCAUGAGACUUUAUCAAUAUACUGUAUCUACUGUAUUUCGUUGACUUAUAUCAACACAUUCUAGAGAUAAUUAUUAUUUAUAUGUUGGGAAAUAAUCGAAGUGAUGUUUUUUAUGGUGCCUGUGCUGAACGAUCGGAUGUCAGAUGACUUCACAUUCCUGGCAGGGGGUGGGAAGGUUGGACUGGGAGUCAGAUCAGAUCAAAUGUACAUUAGUUGAAAAAAAAAAAAACAAAGAAAAUUGUGUGCUUAUAUUUCAUUCAGACGGCUUUUGUAAAGAUCAAAUAUGAUUAUUUACAGUUUCUUGUGCCAAUAUUGAAUCUUGUUUACAUGUAGAUAUAGGCCGAAUCAUGCUGACGUUGCGCGAACAGCAACAAUUACUUUCGGGUAGACAAACUGGCAAUCGAUUUCAAUUGCAGAGGUAAUUGAAAUUGGUAAAUUGUUCAUUUCUGUUGUCAUUUUCAGCUGUGACUGAUCAUGCAGAGAAUACAGUGGUCCAGCUUAUCUGAAAUUUCUACUGGGCUUAUUUUAAUGUACUGUGUUGCUUUGUUAGCAUCUUCAGUUCCCCAAAUCUUGCAACACGUGGGCUAAGUAAUCUACUGCUGUCGAUUCUGCUGCAGCAAAAGGUGUUUUAGCCACAUGAUAAAUCAAUAUAAUAUAAAUUAGAACAUUUUAUCCACUUUGCAGAACACUGGAGUUGCUUAUCGACAGCCGCUCUGACUGAUUAAAGUGUAAAGUAAAGAAAAUUUCUUUUUGUCUAUGGCCUUCAGAAAUAGCUGUCUGACGUUAAGGAAAAUAUUCUCGAUAUAGCUUACUCUUUAAAUUCUAUAUUUUUUGCCGGCCUUUUCUUAGGUGACCAUUUGAUUUAUGUACUUAGCUGAAUGGUUUUCUACCUGAAAGUUAUUGUCAAUUAACACUGUGAUUCGGUCUAUAGUACAAGUCAUUGACUCUUGAUUCUUUAAUCUGAACUGUGUUGAGCACCAACACUGAGGAGCAUUUCAAUUUCUGGGGUCACUUUUUGAGACUGCAGCAAAGUCAAAAAUUAAACUUAAACCAUCCUUUCAAA